GAGACAAAGAGUGUGAAUACAAUCCCAAGUUCCGGCUCAUACUUCACACCAAGCUGGCCAAUCCUCACUACCAGCCGGAGCUGCAGGCGCAGGCCACCCUCAUCAACUUCACUGUGACCAGGGAUGGCCUGGAGGACCAGCUGCUGGCUGCUGUGGUCAGCAUGGAGAGGCCAGACCUGGAGCAGCUGAAGUCGGAUCUCACGAAACAGCAGAAUGGCUUCAAAAUCACCCUGAAAACACUGGAAGACAGCCUGCUGUCUCGCCUCUCCUCGGCCUCUGGGAACUUCCUGGGAGACACGGCCCUUGUGGAGAACCUGGAGGUCACCAAGCAGACCGCGGCGGAAGUCGAGGAAAAGGUCCAGGAGGCCAAGGUGACCGAAGUGAAAAUCAAUGAGGCCCGCGAGCACUAUCGACCGGUGGCCGCCCGCGCCUCUCUGCUCUACUUCAUCAUGAACGACCUCAGCAGGAUCCACCCCAUGUACCAGUUUUCCCUCAAGGCCUUCAGCAGCGUCUUCCAGAGGGCGGUGGAGAAGGCCGCGCCCCACGAGAGUCUCCCGCAGCGCGUGGCCAGCCUGAUGGACAGCAUCACCUUCUCCGUGUUCCAGUACACCACCCGCGGGCUCUUCGAGUGUGAUAAGCUGACUUACCUUGCUCAGCUCACCUUUCAGAUCCUCCUCCUGAACCAGGCGGUUGGGGCGGCGGAGCUGGACUUCCUGCUGCGAUCCCCUGUGCAGGCCGGCGUCACCAGCCCCGUGGAGUUCCUCUCCCAUCAGGCCUGGGGAGGCAUCAAGGCUCUGUCCGCCAUGGAGGAAUUCUGUAAUCUGGACCGGGACAUUGAGGGAUCUGCCAAGAGCUGGAAGAAGUUCGUAGAAUCGGAAUGUCCUGAGAAGGAGAAGUUCCCGCAGGAGUGGAAGAGCAAGACGGCCCUGCAGCGCCUCUGCAUGAUGAGGGCCAUGCGUCCAGACCGGAUGACCUAUGCCAUGCGGCAUUUUGUUGAGGAGACAUUAGGAAGCAAAUACGUGGUGGGAAGAGCAUUAGACUUUGCAACCUCGUUUGAAGAAUCAGGACCAGCCACUCCCAUAUUUUUCAUCCUGUCUCCAGGGGUGGACCCACUAAAGGAUGUGGAAAAUCAAGGUAAAAAACUCGGAUACACCUUCAACAAUCGGAACUUUCACAACGUAUCUUUGGGACAAGGACAGGAGGUGGUGGCCGAGGCCGCGCUGGAUCUCGCUGCGAAGAAAGGCCACUGGGUCAUUUUGCAGAACAUCCACCUGGUGGCCAAGUGGCUGGGCACCCUGGAGAAGAAGCUGGAGGAGCUGAGUGCCAGCAGCCACCCGGAGUUCAGGGUCUUCAUCAGUGCAGAGCCCGCGCCCUCCCCCGAGGGCCACGUCAUCCCCCAGGGCAUCCUGGAGAACUCCAUCAAAAUCACCAACGAGCCUCCCACGGGCAUGCAUGCCAACCUGCACAAGGCCCUGGACAACUUCACUCAGGACACCCUGGAGACGUGCUCGCGGGAGGCAGAGUUCAAGAGCAUCCUUUUUGCUCUCUGUUACUUCCACGCGGUGGUGGCAGAGAGGCGAAAGUUCGGGCCGCAGGGAUGGAAUCGCUCCUACCCCUUCAACACUGGGGACCUCACCAUCUCUGUGCACGUGCUCUACAACUUCCUGGAGGCCAACGCAAAGGUCCCCUACGAUGACUUGCGUUACCUCUUCGGAGAGAUCAUGUAUGGAGGCCAUAUCACCGAUGACUGGGACCGGAGACUCUGCAGGACGUAUCUGGAGGAAUUCAUUAAACCGGAAAUGCUUGAAGGAGAGCUGACUCUGGCCCCAGGGUUCCCACUGCCAGGCAACAUGGACUACAAUGGCUACCAUGAGUACAUUGAUGCUGAGCUGCCCCCCGAGUCACCCUAUCUCUACGGCCUCCACCCCAAUGCGGAGAUCGGCUUCCUGACCCAGACCUCGGAGAAGCUCUUCCGCACGGUGCUGGAGCUGCAGCCGCGGGACAGCCACGGCGGGGACGGAGCGGCGGCCACGAGGGAAGAGAAGGUCAAGGCCCUUCUGGAGGAAAUACUGGAGCGGGUGACGGACGAGUUUAACAUCCUAGAGCUGAUGGCCAGGGUGGAGGAGCGCACCCCCUACAUCGUGGUUGCCUUGCAGGAGUGUGAGCGGAUGAACACCCUCACCAGCGAGAUCCGGCGCUCGCUGAGGGAGCUGCACCUCGGCCUGAAGGGGGAGCUGACCAUGACCAGUGACAUGGAGAACUUAGAGAACAACCUGUACCUAGACACCGUGCCAGAGCCCUGGGCCAGACGAGCCUACCCUUCCACGGCAGGCCUGUCCGUCUGGUUUUUGGACCUCCUCAGCCGAAUCAAGGAGUUGGAGGCUUGGGUAGGCGACUUUGCAAUGCCCUCCACGGUGUGGCUGACAGGCUUCUUCAACCCCCAGUCCUUUCUGACCGCCAUAAUGCAGUCCAUGGCCCGCAAGAAUGAGUGGCCACUGGACCAGAUGGCCCUGCAAUGUGACGUGACGAAGAAAAACAGAGAGGAUUUCAGAAGCCCUCCUCGGGAAGGAGCCUAUGUCCACGGCCUCUUCAUGGAAGGUGCUCGCUGGGAUGCACAGGCUGGGGUCAUUACAGAGGCCAAGCUCAAGGAUCUGACACCCCCGAUGCCUGUGAUGUUCAUCAAGGCCAUUCCUGCAGACAAGCAAGAUGGCCGCAGUGUCUACGCUUGUCCUGUAUACAAGACAUGUCAGCGGGGACACACCUACGUGUGGACUUUCAACCUGAAGACCAAGGAGAACCCAUCCAAGUGGGUUCUAGCUGGAGUAGCUUUGCUUCUCCAGGUUUAGCUUCCUGCAGAGCCACUGAGAAAACAAGGCCGGGCUGGAGACUGCCCAGAGGGACAAGUAGCUGAGGGUGAUCACAGACACAUAAAGACAAGAAAUCAUAAGCACUCACAAUUCUGUACAAUCCUUUUAGCCUUGUGCUCUGUUAAGGAAUGUUUUCUUCAUUUGAUUACUUAUAGGAAUAAAGAGGUAGGCUCGACUCUUCUGGGCUAGGCUUAGCUCUCUUCAGAAGAGCCGAGCGUAGCCAAAAAACUAACCCCACAGAGCUGAGCCUGAGACGUGCCUUAAAGGGAUGGUGAGCUGGAAGAGUGUGGACCUCGGAGCCAGGGGAGAGGCAUUUCCUAACACUGAACCUUCCCUAAUAAAGUGAUUUCUUCUCCAA